AUGCAAUCACAGCGGCUCCAGACUGCCCACGCCCUCCUUGACGGCUACGGUAGCCUCUCGGUUCCAACACUCACGGCACCCCUGGCGGAUGAUUUCAAACAUCAGGUGCUGCCUGAGUCGCUGGGUAUGCCGACACGCGACAAGGCGGCAUUCGAGCAGCACGCCGCGGGCAUUUUCUCCGUCUUCGAGAGUUUCGCCAUGGUUCCCAAGGCCGUGUUCGAGGAUAGCGAACGCAACACGGUGGUGGUGUCGGCGCGAAUGCAAGGCACUCUCAAGGGUGGCAAGGGCGAGUGGAGGAAUGAAUGCGUCAUGCUCAUUGCGCUUUCCGAAGACGGCACUAGGGUGGUUGCUGUGGAGGAGUUUGUUGACAGCGCGAAGGCGUUGGAGAUGCGGGCCAAGAUGGCGCCCAAGGGCUUCGACGACUGA